AUGAAAAGGCAGAUCACUGGAUCGUGGCUGGAUGGCAUGGAAGACAGUGGGAUUUUCAAAACAAUGAAAAGACAAUGGAACAUUGCGAUCAUUGGAUCACGAAUGGAUGGCAUGGAGAACAGUAGGAUUUUCAAAACAAUGAAAAGGCAGAUCACUGGAUCGUGGCUGGAUGGCAUGGAGGACAGUGGGAUAUUCAAAACAAUGAAAAGGCAGAUCACUGGAUCGUGGCUGGAUGGCAUGGAAGACAGUGGGAUUUUCAAAACAAUGAAAAGACAAUGGAACAUUGCGAUCAUUGGAUCACGAAUGGAUGGCAUGGAGAACAGUAGGAUUUUCAAAACAAUGAAAAGGCAGAUCACUGGAUCGUGGCUGGAUGGCAUGGAGGACAGUGGGAUAUUCAAAACAAUGAAAAGGCAGAUCACUGGAUCGUGGCUGGAUGGCAUGGAAGACAGUGGGAUUUUCAAAACAAUGAAAAGACAAUGGAACAUUGCGAUCAUUGGAUCACGAAUGGAUGGCAUGGAGAACA